ACGAGCAGUCUGUCGAGUCUACCUCGAGUUUCUCCGCGAACGCACGUCGAUCAGGCUAUCGUUCGUGCUUGGCGUUGCUCCGAUGUUCCGUGACGCGUGAUCGUCACGGUGAUUCGUCGUGAUUCGCGAAUAACCGUUUCCCGUUUCACCGGUGCGCAAAUAUACUUGCGUUACGUAAAGUUACAUCGAUGUGUGCGAGAGGUGUUCGUUGAACAAACAAACACGAUAGGCGUAAAAAGGGAACAAGAAGGGAAGCUGAACGAUCGAGCCGAAGGACGCUCGUCAGGGAAACCACACGUAAAGCCAUUCGCGGUUUUCGCAACUGUCCCAUCGAGAUUCAAUUUGGAUUCACAAUAACGGAGCAACAUACACGCUAUAAGCAUAUUAUAAGAUGACGACUGAUUGCAUUGAGCGUUACAUCUUCCCCCAAAAUCUGUCGAGUCCGCUCUUGGGAACUCAUUUCACUAUCGACGAGCUGGAUGAGGUUGGCACUCACGAUUAUCGGUUUGAAUCGGUCCGUCUGCAGAGCUACAAAGAUUGGCCGUGCCCAUGGAUGAAGCCGGAACGACUCGCCGCGGCUGGAUUUUAUUAUACGGGCGAGAGCGACAAAGUAAAGUGUUUCGAAUGCUCAGUAGAGAUAUGCCAAUGGCAAAGAGAUGACAAUCCGAUGGUCGAUCAUCACCGAUGGUCUGGCAAGUGCCGAUUUGUUCGCAACGUUCCUUGUGGCAAUGUUCCAAUUGGUGCGGAUCCUACCACAAUCCCGGCACCUUCUCCGAAAGGCAAAGACGUGUGUGGACCAUACGGAAUGGUGUACAUGCCUUUUUCCGGCCCAGAUCAUGAUCUGGAUUUUGAGGAAACAAUGAAAUUCAAUUUAAACAGUAUCGGUGCCGUGAGACCGAAAUAUCCCGAGUACGCCAGUUAUGAUGCGAGACUGCGUACUUUUGAAACCUGGCCGAUAUCGAUGAGACAGGAUAAGGCAGAAUUAGCGUCUGCUGGCUUCUAUUACACAGGAAAUAGUGAUCAAACUUUGUGCUAUCACUGCGGAGGAGGGUUGAAAAACUGGGAGCCCAAUGAUGAGCCUUGGCAACAGCAUGCCGCAUGGUUCAAACAUUGUCCCUAUUUGCUUACGGUCAAAGGCAGAGAUUUCGUGAACAAGGCAAUUGGGAAAACCUGUUACAAGGAUUCUCUCAAAUCAUUCACCGCUGGUGAACUACACGAGGCGCAGAUGCAAAGUGGGCUUUUGGCGAGAGCAAAUUCUGAGACCUCUCUUGCUUCCGGAGAUACCGGUAUUGAGAGUAUAGGAUCCGCAGCCGAGGCAGGCAGUGUCGAGGGCAGUAUCGAGAGCAGUGUCGAGAGCGGUAUCGAGAGCGGCAUCAAGGGUAGUAUUAAGGAGUCACCAGUUGUUAAGGCGCAUACCGAUAAACAAUUCGAUAAAGACGCAAGGAUGUGCAAGAUCUGCUACAGCAGGGAAUUACGAAUGGUUUUCAUACCAUGCGGUCACUUGUUGACCUGCGCAGAAUGCUCGAAAAACAUGAAAAUAUGCGGUGUGUGUCGUAAGCCCGUGAAAGUUACUUUACAAGCGUACAUCCCAUAAUUACCUUACCCUAUCCUUGUAACAAAUCACCUACGAAUUCUAUAUACUAUUUUCUAUUCACUAUCAUUGAAGACUGAUAGAAGACAAGAACAUAAGAGGAAACAAAACUAGAUGACAUGACUCGUGUGUAGCAUACUGGUCCGCAGGUACAAACUAUUUGACGUUAAUAAUCUUGUUAACGACAUUGUUAACUUGUAAAGUUCAAAUAGGAGAGAUCAUAGGAGGAAGACUGUGCUGUAACACUGAUGUGAUGAAUAUACUUUGUAUGAUCGUUGUACAUGUAAUAAGUGUUUCCAUGUCGCGGAUAUAUGGGAUAUGUAUAAUCGGUAUUAGAUGCAUUGUUAGUCGAUGUGUGAAAUAUCACAUGUGACAUAUCACAAAUUUUCCAUACUGUAACUGUUAAAUAGCACAUAUUUAAGGCAUUUGGAAUUCCUCCUGUAGUUAUAUCGGGUUAUAACGUUAUAGAAGCGAAAGAACAUUUUGUCAAUCCUUCGUGUACCACAGGAUGAAAAUCGAAAGAAAGUCCGACUGAGAAAGAUCAGGAGCCUUAAUAUACACGGGUCAGAUUAUUAAAAUUACGAGGUAAAUAGAUUGUACCUGCAGCGGAACGUGUACGUUGCUAUUUGAACAGUUUUGAUUUCAUAUUUAUUUACGAUGCAAUAUAUAUUUGCUGAAAAACAAAAAAAUGAGGCGAUGACGAGAUGAAAGAGACAAAGCUGCGCCAUUGUACGCGAGUACAAAUAGCACAACACGGCACGAAGUCUAGUCAUUAGAAGUAUAUAAUGUGUAAUACGUUUUCUCGAUCAUCUUCUUCAUCAUCAAUUAAUCAUUUCCUACGGCCUAGCUCUAUCUUACUUUUUGUUGCUAAUAAUUUUGAUCAGUUUAAAAUCAAUCAUUCUCUUUCUGUAUUCUUUAUAAUGAUGUGUAAGAUAAUCUCUUGCUAUAGUUUCUACAGGUAUAUAUAUAUAGUAACUCGUCUCGCAUUAGACGCGUUCAUUGUUCAUAAGUGUAAAAUAUGUAACUCUAUGUCGAAUAUUGUUAAUUUAAGCAAACCAGAGUGAUAAUUGAUAAAGUGAACGUUGGUAAAAUAAACUUGUAAUUUUCAGUUUCAAG